AUGCCCCUCCAUAAAACAAAGUUCAAUGCGUCAUGGUUGGAAAAGUUAGACUUUGAUAAUACUCCUGUUAAACGAUGGCUAAAACAAGGUGGACAACAAUCGACAUUCGUCUGUACAUUAUGCAAAACUGGUGAUUUAUGCUGUGGAAAUAAAGGGUGGCAGUCUAUUGAAUGCCACAUGAAAAAUAAAAAGCAUUCAGAUAAUUUGAAAUUAUUAAAAGAAAAUAAUAUAUUUACUAUUCGAACUGAAUCGAAUCUUAUUCAUUCAGAACAAAGUUCAUCAUCAAAUGUUUCAAUGACAACACCUGCUGCUCCUUCAACAAAAAACAUUAGUUUUUCAGAUCAAGUUACACGUGCUGAAACGUUAUGGGCGAUGAAUGCAGCUCGUCAUGGAUACAGUUAUCUCUCGUGUGAUGGGUCCAGCGAUUUGUUUAAGAAAAUGUUUCCAGAUUCGAACAUUGCACAACAAAUAAAAAUGGAACGUGUGAAAUUAUCAUAUGUUAUUUCACAUGGUCUUGGGCCAUUUUUUCAUCGUGGUCUUAUUCAAGAUAUUAAACAAUGUGAACGGUUUGUUUUGUGUUUUGAUGAGCAAAAGAAUCAUCAAAACAGUAAACAAUUGGAUUUGCUGUUGAAGUAUUGGAGUGUUCAGAAGCAAUGUGUGGUUACUCGAUAUUAUAAGUCAGUUUUACUUGGUCAUGCACCCGCUCACACUAUUCGAGACAGCAUUCUUGAUUCGUUUCGAACAGAUGGAAUUGAUAUUAAACGUUUAUUGAUGAUCGGACGAGACAAUCCUAAUGUAAAUAAAACUAUCGAGAAGCUUCUCGAUGAAGAAUUGAAAAAAGUUGGCGGUGAAUUAUUAAAGAUAGGCCCAUGUCACAUCCAUGUAGUUCAUAACGCUUUUAAAGCAGGUACAACAAAGUCAUGUUGGCAUAUUCACACUUUUUGUAUCGAUAUUUGGUCUUGGUUUCGGCAUUCACCAGCAAGAAAAGAAGAUUUUGCAAAUAUUGCUGAUGAGUUAGAUGAAACAAUUCAGAAAACGAUUUUAUACUUUGUUUGUACACGAUGGGUAUUACUUGGUAAAGUGGUUGAUCGAAUCUUGAUUCAUUGGGAAAUUCUAAAGGAAUAUUUUCUUGUGUAUUUGCCUGGAAAUAAUCAAGCACAAAUAAAAGAAAACAAAAAAUAUAACUCUAUCAAAUUAUUUUUAUCGUCAAAUAUUUCGAGAACGCGUUUCUUGUUCAUUUCGUACUUGUGUCGUGUGGUUUUUGAUAAGUUUUUAACUAUAUUUCAAAAAACUGGGCCAAUGAUUCAUUUGUUGUAUAAAGAAUUAUCUGAUUUAUACCGUGUUGUUUUAUUAUCAUUCGUAACAAUCGAACAUGUUGGAAAUAAACAAGGUGGUGAAUUAUUGUCAGUUGAUUACAAAUUAGCCGAAAAACAAUUGAAUGAUAAACAAAUAAAAAUCGGCGAAGAAACUCGAAAAUCAUUGACAUUAUUAUCAAAAGACGAAAAAGAAACCUUUUUUCAAGAUGUUAGAAAUAUUUUCCAUUCAAUUGCUUUGUAUUUAAAAUCCAAUCUUCCCUUGCACAAUUCGUUUUUACGUGAUCUGAAGAUAUUAGGUGUUUCUUAUCGUUCUGAUCCACAAGGUUGUGAUGCCAUUGUUCGUAUAGGUCGAUAUAUACCAGGUUUAUUAUCGGUAAAUGAAAUUGAUCUUUUAAGUGAUGAGUGGCUAUUGUAUUCGAUCGAAACAAUUGAUGAUUCAUGGGUAGUUAAACGUAAAUAUAAUGAUGUUGAUGGAAAAGAACAUAUUGAAUAUCACGAAAUUGACUUUUAUUGGGACAAAAUUCUGUCAAUUGUUCGACACAAUGGAUGUUCAAAAUAUCCAACACUAUCCAAACUCAUCAAGAAUAUCCUAAUAAUAUCACACGGUAAUGCCGAUGUAGAACGAGGAUUCAGUAUAAAUGGAAAUAUUCUUACUGAAGAUCGCACUCUCUUAUCAGAAAAAUCAAUUAACGGCCUUCGUGCCACUUAUGACGCAAAAUCGUUCUCAGGUAAUGGAUCAGUGCACAAGGUGCCAAUUAAUAUUGAAAUGCUUCGUGCAGUUCAAAAAUCAGCAGCUUCAUAUAAAGACGAGUUGUUGAAAAACAAAACAAUUGUUGCAGCUCAAGAACAAGUGAACAAACAACGAGAAAAGACAGAGAUUGAGAAAAAAAAGCUUUUGGAACAAGAGAACGAACUCAUGUCAAAAUAUAAAAAACUUCAAACUGAACAAAAAACAGCUCAAUUGUUGUUGGAAGAAGGAAAUCAACGUAUUGGAAAUUCGUUAAGAAAAAGAGAUUUUACUGACAUACAAGCUGCCUAUGCAUUAAACAAGAUUGGAACUGAAAAGAUGAAAAUUAUUGAUGAAGAUAUGUCACAGAUCAUGAAAGAUAUUUCAAUGAUUCAGCAAAAGCGAGCUCAUGCUGAUCGUGAACAGUCAAACAAGAAACGUAAAUUGGCUGCCGAACAAGUAUUGUUAGAAGAGAAUGCAACCAAGUUUGUCAAAUAA